AUGUCAUUAAUUAACUGUAUUCAUACUGAGAGAGAAUUUGUUAAGUGCGAUGGAAUUUCAAUGAAAGUUCAUAGUGCGCAAACAAGUUAUACUACUACUACUACUACUACUACUACUACUACUACUACUACUACUACUACUACUACUACUACUACUACUACUACUACUACUACUACUACUACUACUACUACUACUACUACUCACACUACUACUACUACUACUCACACUACUACUACUACUACUACUACUACUCACACUACUACUACUACUACUACUACUACUACUCACACUACUACUACGACUACUCACACUACUACUACGACUACUACUGGUUAUCUAGUUACAUGUAUUGUGAAAUCUGUGAAAGGUUGA